UUGAGCUCGUGGCUAAUCCUGUCGGUUGGGUUUCUCUCUCCAGCCUCUGAGCGUCUCUGUCGUUCUCAGUCGUCACUGCAAACAGGAAGUGGGGAAAAAAACUGCAGGUGUUGAAAACAAGGAAGUGAAAGGAUAGAAAAUAGAGCUCUUUGUGUUGUCAACAAAAAACCAAACAAACAAAAAAGCGAGCGAAGACGUUAAAGUGAUUUAAAAACCGACCGCAAAUGUGCUACGGAAGUUAGCUUUCAAGCUAAUUGUUCUGCUGACAGCGGUUUGAAAAGCCUUCUUAAAGUAAGUAGGAGCAGGAGGACUCUGACAACUGCUAUGGACCACAAAGGGGAACCUCUGGAAGGAGCUAUGGGGCCGAAUCAGGAGGAGCUGCCACAGAUGGACGGUUCGUGCGACGCAUGCGAGCCCGAUGAGGCCCAGCCAGCAACCCUUGUGUGCCACAUCUGCAGCUUUGCCUUCUGCCCCGUCCACGGCGACAAACAUUGCAGCAGCACAAGUCACACAUUGACGCCUUAUGACUUCAAAGAGACACAGCCCAAUGCUCCGGUUACAGAGAGAGACUCCACAGAUAGAGGCAAAGCUGAGGAGAAGUCCGGAGGAGACGGUGCAAAUCAGGGGGUUGCACCAGCUAAUGGGGGUCACGGUGGAGAGGCAGAGGGAGCACAAAAUCCGUCUCAUCACAACAAUGAGCCGGCCAAAGAGGCUGAGGGAGCCGGGGCAGGACCGGAUGCUGAGAAGAAGGAAAGGGACAUCGUGACCGUUGAGAGACUGCGCUGCAAGGAGCACGGCCAGGAAGGCUCCCUCUACUGCAAACCUGACGAGAAGAUCAUCUGCGUGGUGUGUGCGGUGCAGGGCGAGCACAAGGGCCACGAAAUCAUCACCCUCCAUGAAGCCUAUGCACUGCAGAAGAGCCGGCAGGGUUCUGACCUGUUGGGAUAUACGCAGCAGAUGGCAGAAAGGAUCAAGAUCAAGUGGACCAGCCCAGACAUCUCCAAAGAUGAGCUUGAAGAGUAUGUCAACAGUCAGUUUGAUGAACUUCGGAACUUGGUACAUCUGGAGGAGAGGAGGACCCUUCACUUAGUGGACCUCAAGGAAGCCUUUCUGACAGCAUCUGCUGCUGAAAAAAUCGCAGAGAUCACUUCAGAAACCGAGAAACUGCAAGAGGAAAUGGACAACAUCACACACCAGCUGUGCCUGCUGGAACAGGCCGAAUCUGUGGACCAACCCAUGGGACCUGCAGAGGUCCUUGCAGCAGUAGCUGGACCAGCCAGAAUGCUGGCUGCCCGAGCCGAGAGCAAAUCCUCUGGACCAACAGGACUUCAAAGACGAGGAUUCUGGACCGUCCAUGGACCACGCCCCCUGAUAGGAGCGGAUCGGCCUGCAUGUCCGUCCACCUGUCCGUCACGAUCUGCUUCAGCCAGCCGUCAGCAGAGCUGUGGAGCCGACCACCUCCCUGUCACUCACCCUCCCCCAACCGCCUCCCACUUCUAGAGCUGACCUUGAUCAAGGUUUCUGAGACGAAAAUGGAUGACCGUGUCUUCUCCUCUCAAACUUUAUAAAUUCUCACAAGCUACUAUUUCUCUUUAUCCGAAACACAUAAGUUAUGUUCAAUCAAUUACUAUCACACUCAAUUUCCAGCGUCAGCCAGAUCCUGGUGAGCCCAGCUGUCAGAGAGGAGUCUGGGUAGGCAGCAGAGCAGGAGCGUCUGUUAAGCCUAACAAAUGUCAGGAAUGGUAGAGUGUGACAGUGCCUUUUAUUUAUUCAGAAUAUCCCUUUGAUUCUGCUGCGUGCGCUCUCUGGACACUUUCAGACACAAAAAGGGAACUUUUCUCUGAUGCCGCGAUGCCUUACUGAAGAGGAAUUUACUGCAAGGAUUUUCUUUGGUGUUUGCUUUCUGUGUGGAUUUUGAUUGUUGAAAAGUGUCCUUGCGCCGUGCGUUCGUCUGCCCCCCCUCUCAUCCUUAAACAGUUCGCUCUGCCAGCUGAUUUCUAAUGCUUGUAAAUUUGUUUGCACUUCCCAAUGGGGUUUGUUAGAUCUGUCACCAGCAUCACGGGGACGUUUUGAUUUGUAUUGAUCGGGAAAUGUUGCUGAGUCUGGAUAAAAAUCGAACCGCAGCAAGACUGUGGCGCCGCUCGUCUCUGCUCUGUAUGUACUGUAAUGCAAAGCCUCAUUACUCCCAGCCAAUCUGCAGCAUAUGACGGAUUACAGUCCAUGGCUGCAAUUCUACCUUUACCCAGCCUGCCGCAUUUCCUCGUGACUCGCCGUCUCCGCACAUCAGCAGUUUGAUUUUAUUAUGAUUGAUGGUGUUGCCCCAAAUUUCGAAAGGAAUGGAUGUCACAAAUAAGAGAUGGGAUACGUUUGUGCUGCAGCUCGGAAAGGAUAAGCCCACCCAGGACGGAUCUCUGUGGGACAACAACCUUUAGGAAGAA